UAUUGUCUUUAAUGUUUAUAGAGUGCCAAUAUAAUUGCGGCAAUUCACGGUGUCAAUUUAGAUAAAGAUUGUUAUUGUGUAACUGAAGAUAAAAGGAUUUUAUUGACAGGAGGCUAUAGAAAGACGUGUGGAAAAUAUUCUAGUCAUUACGCUUUCAAGUGUGGUACUCAGUGACUGUAUUUAAAAGGCGGAAAACUACAAUGGAUUUGGUGGAUUUCAAGAUUCGCGAAGAAUGCGAAGUUUUCCAUUUAUCAGAAAAGCAAUGUAGAGAGAUAAUGAGCAGACUUCACAAUGACCUCGUAAAAGGUCUCGGAAAGGACUCGCACGCGAAUUCCAUUGUUAAGUGCUGGAUCACUUACAUACAAGAUUUACCGAAUGGAAAAGAGCGUGGCAAGUUUUUGGCUUUAGAUUUAGGAGGAACAAACUUUAGAGUACUAAUUAUAAAUCUAGGUGAAAACCACUUUGAUAUGCAAUCGAAAAUUUACGCCAUACCAAAUCACAUUAUGACAGGCACGGGAAUAGCUCUGUUCGACCACAUUGCGGAGUGCUUAGCUAAUUUCAUGAAGGAGCACUUUGUAUAUGAAGAGCGGCUGGCCCUCGGGUUCACGUUCAGUUUCCCGCUAAAACAGCUGGGGCUCACUAAAGGGAUCCUGCAGCGAUGGACCAAGGGUUUCUCUUGUAGUGGCGUGGUGGGUGAAGACGUCGUGCAGGGACUCAAGGAUGCCAUUGCUAGACGUGGGGACGUACAGAUUGACAUUUGCGCAAUUCUGAAUGAUACGACGGGCACAUUGAUGUCUUGCGCGUGGAAAAACCACAACUGCAAAAUAGGACUCAUCGUCGGUACUGGUAGCAAUGCCUGCUAUGUGGAGAAGACGGAAAACUGUGAGCUAUUCGACGGCGAGCCAGGCAAGCCGGAAUUGUUGAUAAACACGGAAUGGGGUGCUUUUGGAGACGACGGGACUUUGGACUUCGUCAGGACAGAGUUCGACCGGGACGUCGACGUCAACUCCAUCAACCCCGGCAAGCAAAUACAAGAGAAGAUGAUAUCCGGGAUGUACAUGGGAGAGUUGGUUCGUCUAGCGCUCGUGAAAUACACACGGAUGGGCUUGCUCUUCGGAGGCAGAGGUUCGGAUCUACUGUACGAGAGGGGCAACUUCUACACAAAGUACGUGUCGGAGAUAGAGUCUGACAAACCGGGCGACUACACCAGCUGUAUGGAAGUUCUUGAAGAACUUGGUCUGUCGCACGCGACAGAGGCGGACAUGGCGGGCGUGCGGCACGUGUGCGAGUGCGUGUCGCGGCGCGCGGCGCACCUCGUGUCGGCCGGCAUCGCGACGCUGCUCAACAAGAUGGCGGAGCCGCGCGUCACCGUCGGCAUCGACGGCUCCGUGUACCGCUUCCACCCGCACUUCCACACGCUCAUGUGCGAGAAGAUCGCGCAGCUCGUCCGCCCCGGCAUACAGUUCGACCUGAUGUUGUCGGAGGACGGCAGCGGUCGCGGCGCGGCGCUGGUAGCUGCGGUGGCGUGUCGAGAGCGCGAGGUGCAAGCGUAGAGCCAGCGUACAGCCAGCGCCUCGCACUGUAGCACUGACCCGAGCCUCAACCUACAGUACCUCAUGCACAACCAAGGUGGACUAUACCCAUAGUCGUUUAGAUCAAUUUUUAAAAGCCAUCGUUCGCACUGCACAUUAAACUUCGCAAAGCGUCGCGAUUCAAUAAUAAAUUCAGUUUAAAAUUCAACAUUACAAUGAAAAUUAUUUGUUGUUGCGAUGCGUGUAGUGAAUAAAAUUACAGAUAUUAUUAUAAGUAAAAAGAUAUACAUAAUUUAUGUGGGCUCUUAAGGACAGUGGCGUAACAUGGUCGUGCGCGGCAUACUAAAGAGGGCAUCAGCAAGGGCCCUCCCUCAAUUCCAAACGGCGAAUACCCACGCUACGGCACUGGUUUUAAAACUCAACUCAGGCAUUACCCGCGUUUUCAUGUUCUGUGGUCAUACCGAAGAACUGGUUAAAAGGACUUUGAAAAUUAAAAUAAAUGAUAUUCAGUGAUUCACCAAAAUGUACUUCUCAUAUUAUUAGGUUCCUAUAUAAUGUAGGUAGAUACCUAAUUAAUUAAUAUUUAUAUUAUUAGGUAUUAUUUAAUUAUUAUUUGUAUAUCUGUGUAUUUUAAAUGGGUGUAUAACCUGAAGUAAAGAAUUAUUAUUAAUAUUAUAUCAACCUAUUUAUAACUUUUUACUUAUAAUAUACACACUUUUUACUUAUAACAUACUAUCAUAAUAUUUUUAAAAUGUAAAGUGUCCGUGCGUACGAAAGCCAGCGGCUUUGAAAUUAAAUAAUGAAAAAUUGUUUCGCAAGAAACAUUUGUAUUUUUGUACAAAAUAGAACGAUUUAUUAUGUUUUUAUUAUUAAUUUAUUAAGAGGUGUUAUUAGUUAGGCUAAGUGGCGUUAAAAGUGCGAUAAAUCAAAAAUAGACUGUUAAUUAUGUAUGUACCUAGGUACAUAAUACCAGAAUGCCUAUGGUUUGCUGUUACGUGUAGGAUAUUAGGUUAGACCUGUGGCCUUUCUGUAAGUUUUCAAAUAAACAAAAUAUUACAUCGGCGUAAAUCCAUCAUUUUAAUCUAUAUAUCUAAUAAUUCUAUAUCGAUUAAGCUUUAAUCAUAAAGUAACGCCUUAGUCACGUGAGCAAGUAAAAAUAUGUAUUUGGAUGUAAAUUACCAUUUUUUAACUAGGCGAUUUACGUAAAUGCUUAUUUUGAAACGUGACAGUAGCGGUAAUUUCAAAUAUGUUAAUUAUUAUCAUCAAAACGAUUGAUAUAUUUAGAUUUAGAUUGAUUAUAAAAUUAAAUAAACAUCGAUGUAACUGUUUUACCUAUAAUUUGAGAACUUACUGUUUAGGGCACUAUACUACUAAAGACAUACUAAAGACAUACUCGUUGUGCAUUGUUUACCAAAAAACAAAUCGCUAGUCAUUUCACAUCUAACAAUAAUUAAUUGUUCUUAAAUUAAUGAUAAUAAAGUUGAUUAAUAAGCUUAGAACAAUGAGAUAUAAUUUUGAAUGAAAUUGUAUCAAAAGUAAUACAUAUUUUAAAUUAAAUAAGUUAUGAAAUGACAUGCAUUUUAUACCUUCAUUUUAAUUUGUUCGUAGGUAAACAGUAACUUCGAGUAAGGCUUUAGUAUAGUCAUAUGUAUAUGUUUAUAACUUUAUAUAUUAGUAAUUAUAAGGUGUUCCCACUGUGCUUGGAUAGACAGUUUAUCUGUGGGCUUUCUUGUGGAUACAAAUGAUUGAUUAUAACUGCAGUCUUCUUUAAAAAUGUUUUAUAAUUUAUUUAUUACAAAAAUGUCUUAGAUUUUUGUUGUUGUUACUAUAUUUAAAUGAGUUGGAUAAAUUAAUAAGUAAAUACUUACUUGUUAUAUUAUAUAAAAAAAAAUACUUAUUCUGGGUAUAGGUAGACAAGAUUUUACGAAGUUUGUACUUAUUGAAUUAUUGAGUACAUUAGAAUAAUCUAGUCACAAUUAAAUUUAAUAAGGUAUUCAGAUCCAAAACAAUCUUAAAAUAUUCACACUUUACACAGGAUAAUGGCAUCAUUAAUUCAAGACUGAUUUAAAAUGAGACCAUCCACGGCCAAUCCAUUAGAUCCUACUUACUUUUUACAUUUUUCAUGUUACGCGCCAAAUUUAAAAGCUAAGAACGCCAGGCUAUUGGCUGAUAUUUACAAUACUUUGUCAUAAUGUAAUAUAAAUAUGUCUGGGCUUUUUCAACAUUGUCCAACCAUAGGAGUUGGCUCGUAACAUUAAUGCGUCCAGGAUCUUACAGUCAAUCCGUUCCUGCCACAUCUGCAUUUGCCUAUUUUAUCUCUGCCAGCAUGCAGUAUCUACUAUUUGGGAACUGGUAUGUUUAGUUUAUUUCACGAAUAUUGUAGGUUUACCUACCUACUACCUGCUCACAAAUUGUAGUAGUGCUAAACGUAUUCAAGUAACAAAUACAUUUUUUGUGGAGAAAUUUUCAUGAACUUUCUCCCCGCGGAAAGGUGAAAGAUAUUUCAGACUCAUAAGGACUAAAACCCUACAAUCUUCGAAUUCGUUAUCUGAACCAAAUUGUAUUGGUGAGAUAGAAUUUCUACUAUAUGACAAUAUCGGUAGAAAUUCUAAUAUGGUUCUAUUUAAAGAGUAAAAUCGUAUAGAAUGUGCUCAUAUAUCUUUAUUAAUUUAAAAGCAAUACUAUUGUAAGGGCGCUAGAGAGGCUGAUUUAAAUAAAAGCGGUAUUCUAGUACAAAAAUAUUUUUAAAAAUCCCGACAUUAAGUGGUACACCCUCAUCAAAGUCAACUUUCGAACAGAAAAAGUACAUCGAAAUUGUUUAUUCGAUCCGUUUGUGAAGUUUUGACGGAAGGCAUGGACACAGUAUUUUUGGGUCAAGCGUUAAAAACUUUAAUUAUGUAUAUGAAAUAUUAUUAACUUGGCGUUAAAUUAUUUACCCUGUUUAACGCCUGAAGAAUAACUUUAAUUGGCAGUGUUAACAUGUUUGGAAAAAAAAGUUGAAAUUAUAUGAAUGAGCCUGUCGAAGUAUGAACAUUUAUUUAUUUGAUAUUUCAUGUUAUUUAUAAGAACUGGUUAUGUUUUCUAUGAGCUAAUUGAGUGCGAAAUUCUACCCAUUGAGUAAUUAAUUAGUUAAGUGCAAAUUUAGCAAUAAUGUAGGAAUCUCGGUAAGUUUGCUGGCAAUAACGCUACAUUAGAAUCAUUAGAUCAUUCCAUUAAUAAAAAAAUUACAAGGUACCUACUACCUUCAUUUUAAUUUGUGCCACAUGAAGGCGGACUAUUACGAAAUUAGAUUUAAAUUAAGACUAUUAUAUUAAUUAUGGAGAGUUCUUAUUGUAGCAGGUGCGGAUUGCGGUUGGACCAGACUAACUAGUUGUCUGUUGAAGAUUGAAAAGAUUUCGUUCUAAAUUGAUAUUAAAAAUGAAAACAGUGUAUUUUUAGUUUCAAGUAAAAACUUGUGUGUUCAUCAGUGAAAUUUAAAUUCAGUAUAAAACGUGUUUAUGAUUAUCAGGAAUUGACUGAGGUGUACCUGUAAGAUCAAGUAAACGGCCUUAGAACCUGUGCCUGAUUUCUCGGCUAUAGAAUCGAAUUCUUAUUAAAGCAAGAGUCUAUAAUUACCAGAAUAAGCCUACUCCGACGGAACUCUCCAUAACAUGUUGUUAGGUACUUUUUGAUAUGUGCCUAUAUAAAUCUUAUACUUAGUUUUAUUUAAUAUAUUAACAUACUAAAAUCAGUUCUCUUAUUAAUUUUUUUUUUCGAAAAUUUAAUGACUGACUGAUUUUUUUUUGUUUUAGAUUUAGACAUCUACCUACUAAGUGAGUUUUUAAAUAUAUUACUGUGAUAGAACUAGGACAUACUGUAAAAAAUAUAAAUACUUUAAUUUUGUGAUUUUCCGAACGGUGUUGCCUACGAAGGUGUGCUGGAAACGCAUGGAAAGUAGCGGGUUUGAUGCCCGGGAACACAUUUUAAUUUUUUUAUAAGUUUACCUCUAAACAGCGUAGACUAUGUAAUUCUUUCGUGUUUCUGUUAAAUUACAAGGUGAUGGUUGAUAUUAAAUAUUUAUACCUACGUAUCUGCCUACAACCAUUAAUAAUGGGGGUAGGUAUGACAAAGACCUUACUACUGGAUAUUACAGCUAGCUACCCACGGUCCGAUAAACCCAAAUGCCUACAGCGCUGCCGGCAUGACACGUCCGAUAAAGUAUGCAACGUGUGUUGUCGCGAUUUUUGCUUCAAGUCGAGCCGUCAUGUACAUCGUGACAAGCUAAGCAUGUGGGUAUAUUGGACCGUGUGUGUUUAUAUUAGAUUUUGUAAAAGGAGUAAAUACCGAAAAUUAUAAAUAUAUACAGGAACAAAACAUCGCAUGCUUAAUGCACUUUGGUUCAAUUAGAUAUUUUUUUAUAUAUUCUACCGACCGUACAUACGAUAUUAGUUAAUUAUAUUACAUCAUUUUAUAGUUCCUAGUUUAAAUAGGUGCAUUUUACUUUUAAGAUUUGUAUUUUUUCGAUAAUUAUGCUGCAUCGAGUGUAUCCUAGUUUAAGAAUUUAGUUUGUGUUAAAAAUUGUGCUUAAUUAUUAAUGUAAUUCUUAUAUCUAUUUGAAUUCUUAUAGCUUGUAAGAACUUGUGAUAAUUCACACUAAGUACUUCAUGCACGAUCAAACACUGUCAUUUGUUUUGUGUGAAUUGCAUAUCUACUUAGAUAGCAUAAAUGAAUUCAAACAGAGCUAUAGACGGUUUAGUUUGAAUACACCUUCAACUCGCACGAUAUCGUUUUGAUUUAUGUGGCUGAUUCAUAAUUAUGUGUAAUCGUUUCCGUUAUCUUAUCUUUCUAGAUAGGUAGAUAGUUUACGAUCAACUCACAGACAUACAUUUUGCGAUAUCGAAACUACGCACGAAAUAUUUUGUAAGGUCAAGUUUGACAUGAUACAAUUACAAUAGAGUAUGAAGGCCCUGUGUUUACUAUAUUAUUGUAGUAUAUGCAAUGCACUAAACUUCUAGUUGGCUCUCAAUUUCAACACAUUGUACCAGAGUUGCCACCGUCCCGAUUUUGCCAGGACAGUCCCGAUUUUAAAGACGAGGGCCCGCGUCCCGACGGCCUAUCGAUUUUGUCCCGAUUUUUUACAAUAUGCGAAAGGAGCGGCUCGUAAAACAACAAGAAAUAUGUAUGGAAAAAUUAAUUAUAUAAAAUAAAUUCUUUUUCCUUACACUGUCUCACAUGUGUCAUAUUUUGAUUAGACCAAACGCUGAACGUCUCUGAUGGAUGCCCAAUUGUGCCGAUUUUUUUCCCUAAAGGUGGCAACCCUGGAUUAAACUGAGGAGAUAUACUACCUAUAUUCCUGUCAGACUCAAAGAUUGACGCAUAUUAUACUAUGGUAUUAGCCAAGAAAUUAAUAAGUUUGUUACAUCGAAAGUAUCAUUGAAGAUUUGAAUAUAAAAAAUGCACUUUGAUAGCUAACAUAUUUAUUCUUUUAAGUUCAAAGCUAAAAGAAAAUCUUAAAAUAAAUCAGGGCCAAGAUACGAAAUAUAAAUAAAUUUUAGCGUUAAUUACGUACGAGACAAUAUAUUAUGUAUUAUAUUCGUACUUAUAUAUCUAAAUUACGAGUAAUUUGGUUUCUCACGCUACUUUCACAUAAGAGUAAUUUUUUUCAGGUUAUUAGUUAAUAGGUACUAAUAAAUACCUAAAUGUUUACUUAGUUUUUGGAUUAUUUACUUGGUUAGAUUUUAGCUAUAAGUUUAAUCCAAAAACAUGUUGGUUGCUAUAAAGCAAAUAGGUCCUAGUACACAAAACUACCUAUCUACUUUUCUGAAAUUGUACAAAACUUAUUAUUGAAUUAUGUAAGUAUUUAUUUUUUGUGUUUUCCAUGGCUUUGCUAAAAAUUAUGAUUUAUUUUUUAAUUUGUCACCAAUUUGUCUAUUAUCUACAAUGUGUAAGAAUGAUGGCAAUGGAAAAAAUGUCCUUAACUUUCUGCUUAAAAUCGAAGUUUCAUACAUUCCACAUGAGAAUCAAUGAUGACAUUAAAUGGGUCUUUAAUUCAUUAUUACCUUGGAUAUGUUUGACAAGCAGAAAUGUACAUAUCGCCACCAAUUAGGGAUAAAAGGUUGAUAAUAUGUUCACGUAAUGUAUGUAAUUUGAAAUAUUUUCGACAAAACUGUAAAAUCACGUGACCCUAUAAAUAUUAAAUUUUGUAUUAUUUUUACAAUAAUAAAUCUUUUGAUCAGUCUUAAAAGAAAUGGAGAAAUAUUUUAUAAAUAUUUAAUUAAUUAAGUAAUUUAUAAACUGAUAUUGUAUUCACGAUAUAUUUAAUUAUAUUUUAGUUAGCUCCAAAUCUAGAGCUAAAAUAAUGUUAAUAAUUGCAAGAAUAAAUUUUUAAAGAAUGA